AUGAGCAUCACUUUUCAUAACUUAUGGCUACUUUUGACAGUGUUAUGCACUGCAGGUAUUCGUGCUGACUAUAUCUGGAACAACUGCUCUGUUGAAAACAGUCAUCCUCCGCUGGAAGAAAUACGUGUCUUGUGUCGUGUGGCGGAACAGCUUCGAGGGUUACCGGAGACAGUAAGUUCUGCUGUGGAAACUGCCGCUGCUGCUUCGAGUAAAGCAUUUGAAGCAAAGGUACAAGCAGAGGAAGCUGUGGAACUUGCCGAGUCGAGAGGUCUAAACGUUACGAAAGCAAAGGAAGCUGCUGUGAGAGCAACACUCGCUGCUGAAGCUGCGGCCACGGCUGCAAGUAAUGUGGAAAUUAACGCUGCAAAUAUUGCUGCGGUGCCGUGGUUACAACCAAUCUCUGAUGCAGGUUUGGAAAACCUUUCUAAAUGCGAGCACAUAGACAAGUAUGUGCAGGAGGCGGCAGCAGAGUGCUCAAAGAAAGCAGAACAUGUGACGGCUCAAUCGCUUAGUGCGGCACUGGAAGGGUUGGAGAAUCUAUUCACUGAUGUGAGUACUAGGGAAGCCUUACGGAAGGAAACCAUUGAGUUUCACACUGAGCUGAAAUCGUUAGAGGAACAUGUCGAAGAGGCUGUCCGUGCACAAAAACGGGCUGAGGAUGCAGCUGCAUAUGCGAAUCAAACAGUCGGUACAAAUACGGGACCAGUUGGAAAUUCUGUUGCAUCACCUGAAGGGUCAGUGCUGCUACUGAUGGCUGGACUGUUUCUCGGUUCUGUACUGUAA